UUUUGAUUAACCUCCCUUUCCACCGUCCAUUCGAUUUUUUGGUUUGCAGUGUUCUCGACGUUUAGUUGAAAGAUUGGAAAACCGAAAUGACAGCUGCACAGUGUCGUUCCGAAACAAAUGACUUACCUCAUAACCAUAGUACCCAUAUGGAGAGUGCACAGGGUUUCAAGGAGUAUCUUGUUCCCCCAAGCGACUGUAUAUCUGCCUUCAAGUAUAAGAAAGUACAGGUUCCUCCCAAAGAUCUUAAGCUGUCUGAUGUAAUGCAGACUAUUCCUAAAGAAGUUUUCAACAAAGAUCCUUGGAAAGCCAGUUUCUGUGUAUUGCUCACAGUAAUUGCCUCCUCUUUAGGAAUUUUUUGGAUACACAAGUCUUCAUGGUUCUUUUUACCUUUAGCUUGGUUUUAUACCGGUACAGCGUGGACUGGUCUUUUUGUUAUUGCUCAUGACUGUGGUCAUCGUGCGUUCGCGAAGAGUAGGCUCGUCAAUGACAUUGUUGGGACGUUAUCUUUAUUACCUCUCAUAUAUCCAUUUGAAGCUUGGAGAAUUCAACACAAUAUUCAUCAUCAAAAUACCAAUCUUUUGGAUAUCGACAAUGCUUGGCAGCCAUUUCAGACCACUCACUGGGAACAAGCAACUAGUUUUCAAAAGUUGGUGUUUCGCAUCGUCAAAGGACCUAUGUGGUGGUUUGCUAGUGUUGGGCAUUGGUUAAAAUAUCAUUUCAAUAUGGGAUACUUUAAGGAUAGCCAAAAAAAACGAGUUUUGUUUUCUUGUGCACUAGUUGUUGUGUUCUUUUUGAUAAUGACAACAUUCUUAGUCCAUCUAACAGGCUGGUUGGGUUUUGUGAAGUAUUGGUUAGUUCCAUGGAUUUUUUAUCAUUUUUGGAUGAGCACUUUUACAAUGAUUCAUCAUACUGCACCGCAUAUUCCAUUUCUAACUAAAGAACAAUGGUCUAAUGCUCGUGCAUCAUUGGGAUUGACUGUUCAUUGUGAUUACCCUUUCUGGAUUGUUUUGUUAUGUCAUAACAUUAAUGUGCAUAUUCCGCAUCAUAUUUCAACACAGAUUCCUAUGUACAAUCUGUGGAAGGCACAUGAUGCUCUUAAACAGAAAUGGUCACCAUAUAUGAAUGAGGCGCAGUUUGGUUGGACGUUGUUAUCAGCCAUUAUCCGAAGAUGCCAUAUUUAUGAUGAUGAGCUGACCUAUGUUUCAUUUCCCAAAAAGAAUAUUUCCAAUGCAAAAAGUCUAUAGAAACAGAAUUGGAUAGUAGGUCUCUUUAUGACUUGGUUUUUUGUUUUGCGCAAGCAUUUUAUUUCUAUUUUUGUCGUUGAAGAACAAUAACAUUGCAAUUUCUUUCUUUUUGGUAAAUAGAUCGUUGCUUUCCAUGAGAAUAUGGGAUUGAGAAAGUAUUGAACAAAGAGAAUGUAUUCCAUGCUUUCCUAUGAUGUUGGUUAUACAAGUAACACUCUUGCUUUUAUAUCCCUCCUCCCAUAUGGGAACAAGAUAUUAUGUGGUAGCCACUCGACUUUAAAAGGAAAUCUUGUUGGUUGUUCUGUAGUAUACUCACAUAUUCCAUUCAAGAAUAAGCUUAACAAGGGUAUAAAGCUAACGAAAAGUAU